AUGGCUCUUCCCAGUGCAGCUGCUGCCACAGCCGCGGCCCCCCGUACCCCCACCCGGCCUUGUCUCCUGCAAAGUUUCUUUCCCACAGGUCCCAGAGAUAACGUAUCUCCUAGUGCUGACAAACAUGAAACCUCUCAGCUACAGACUAAAACCUGCUCUGAUCUUGACACAGAGAAGAAAACAUCUGUCCCAUUUAAACACAUUCCCGAAUUCUCCAAUAAUGAGGUUACCCUGCAGGACAGCUCACAGGCAGAAGGUGUACAGGCUAGCCAGGAAAACCUGUGCUCUGGAAUCGUUAGGCCUCCCCCUAAGGAGAAAAAACCCCAAACCUCCAGCUUGAUGAAGCUGAGGAGACGGACAAAGGCUUUGGCUUCGGAGCAAAGGGAAUCAGUGCGUGAUGUGCAUCUAAAUGCUGAUGAGACGGUGAAAAAUCAAACUGCCAGGACGGAGGAACUGCGGUCACCAGUCUUCAGGCGAAGCUGCCUCUCCAACACUGAGGAAAACGCUCAAAGAGAAUCCAGACCAGCACUUGUGCAGAGAGAGGCAAAGGGUUUUCCUCCUCCCGGCGCGGCGUUAGGCGUUGUACAAGAUGUGCUUGAAGCCAGCGUCCCCCCAGGAGCGCCCGGGCCGUUCCUGUGUGUGCUGAGGGGCAGCAGCCCUGUCUGGCAGCCUGAGUCCCCGAGGGCCGUGGCCACACCUGAUGGCCACGAGCCAGCACGGCCAUGCCCGAAGAGCAGUGACUCGCUUUUUCUUGACACCAGUGGGGAUGGAGGAAAAGAAUCUGCCAGCGUAAUAAAAGAAAUGGAGGGUGAGAGUAUGUGUGAAGAUCAGGGAGAGUUACACGGGCUCUUGGAUUUAAUGUCAGAAAAUGAAGUAUUGCCUGCUGAUGGAAAUAACACUGCAACGAACGACAGCAAAAGCCAUGAAGGAAACCGCAGUGACACUAAUGACUUAAAUCCCUUUCCUACAGAUCUCGCUCCAGGCAAUGUUGAAGAACUGUUGGAGAAUCAACAGCUUGAAAUUCAGUCAAGGCUUCCUCACCCAGAAAAGGUGACAGCUCCUGAAAGUGCACUGAACUCUUGCACGGUGGUUGAAGGGCUUCUCUUUCCGGUUGAGUACUACGUCAGGACAACUCGCCGUAUGUCUAACUGCCAGAGGAAGGUGGACCUCGACGCUGUAAUUCUCAGCCAGCUGGGCAGAAGCAAGAAAGGUCAGCGAAGUAAGUGCAAGCAGAAAGAUGCAAAUUCAGAUUGGCCCUCCCAGGAAAGAAUUGAAAAUGAUUUGGAGUCGGGGAUCAUGCUGUUCCCUUUUUCUGGGGCAGAAAAUGAUCCAGCAAGUUCAAGCAGUCCUCAGAAAUCUCUUCCUGUGUCCAGUGGUAGCAGCACUUCACUUGGAUCGAGUUCUCAAAACAGUGUCACUAGCACAAAGAGAGAUCAGAGACGAUCACAGAGGAAACAAAAGGGAAGAAAAAAGUCUGCCCGCACACCCCCUGUGCAUCAAGGGUCACAGCAGCUUAUAGAUCUCGUAACACUGAGGGGAAGUGGUCGUCUGCUGUCAAAUGAGUGUCGGAGUGAAAAGGAAAUCUGCGAGGCUAAUCUUGAAAAAUCACCUUCAGAUGAGAGAAGGUUGUCUGCUGCUGCAGCUCUCGGGUCUGGAGAGACAGAAGUGACUGGUGCUGUGCAGGCAGCGAGCGCUGAUCCUCCUCCUGGAGGAAGCCAAGUGCUUGGUAAAUGCUGUAAGACUCUGUCAGAACAGGUUCAAAAUCCACUUCAGAGCAGCGAUCCUCUGAACCCAGGGAAUGAAGCUUUUGCCAGCCCCAUAGGAGAUCUGGAAGCCAACUUAAGUGCGAAUCAGGGGGAUAAGCAGCCAGCGGAGCAUGUGAAGAACCAGCCCGUGCACGGAGCCUGCAGGGCUGAGCAACUCCUCGUGCUUGGCGUCCCCCCGCGCCGCUCCCUGCGCUCCUCUGCGAGGCAGCGAGCCAGCUGCGCCUCAAAAGAUCUCAGCAGAAGAGGAUGUAGCUCUCCAAAGAGUUCAGAGGGUCCUGCUUCUCUUGGCCUCCCUGCUGAGGACCCCGAUACUUGCAGCUCUCUCUUCUCCUUCCGCAGUCCCCAGGGGCUGGCCCUCCGACUGGGUAUCAGAGACUUUCACUUGCCGGAUGAGGAAUUUGGACUACUAAAACUUGAGAAAUUAGAAUCUUCCCCUGUGAAUGACUUGGAGGGUUUUGUUCCGAGUGUGUUUGGAGAUGGUGUGGCUGCACAAGACAUGCAGGAUGCACAAAUGAAUCCAGGAGAAAAAAGUCUCAAAAGUAAUUUGAUCUUGCCUUUCAAAAAUGGAUUGCCCAAGUUAUCUUGUGUGGACAGCCCGGCUUCCAAGAAGGAACUUUCUACCCAUGAAUUGCUGUUUACUCCCACAGGGACCAUCUUAGCUGGUGCUCCCAUGCAGCCUGAGUCUCAGACUUUCUCAUCUGCUUUCCCUGUUGUGGGUGCAACCCCAGCUGUUUCACCCUCAGCACGCAGCCAGGUCUUCCCUGAGACACCCCUUGUCCCUGCCUCGCCGGCCAGUUCCCCCAAGGGAGUAUCUGCCCAGGCCGUGGCUGCCGGGGAGCGCGAAGGCUCUGCCGCUCCGCUGCGCCUGGACAGCCCUGGUGCUGGAUCUGCUGGAAAAGAGGGGCAACAAGGUACAGCCUUUCCGUUAGAAGCUGAAGCAGGUCCUGAUAGUAAAUCUGGUGAGGCUGUGGCUGUGGAGAAGCAUCAGCAGUCAGAGAGCAAACAGCAGAGAUCCUGCAGAGCUGCUCCUGAGCAGAAAAAAGACGUAGUGGAACAGUUGACUCCGGUACUGCUUGAUGACCUGCAAGAAGAGAGCUUGCAGCUUGUCUCAAAGCUAAAGGACUGUUCGAGUUCCUGCGCCGUGGACGUGAGCGCGGUGUGGUGGGAAGCGGCUGGCAGCAGGGAGCUGCGUGUGCUGACAGCCUCCGAGAGUUCUGUCUCCCUGUGGCAGCCUCUGCCGGCCGCCUGCUGGGCAAGGGUCUAUACGUGGCUGUUUGGAGAGAUUCCUGUGAUACAGAUCGUUCCUCUGCCGGACGCCUGUAAUCUUGUGUGCGUUGCGUUGGGAGAUUUGGAGAUUGGAGAAAUAAGGCUCUUGCUUUAUUCUUCUGAGAAUGACUCAUUCAAGCAGUCACUAGUGAAAACUGGAAAUAUAAAAGCUGUUCUCGGCCUGAAGGGCAGGAGGCUGGUCAGCAGCAGCAGGACUGUGCAAGAGCAGCAAGUGGAAAUAGUGACGUUUUCAGAGGCAGGAAGGAGCAAGGACGGACAGACUUUGAUGCCCCCCGAAGAAACUGUUCUAGCUUUUGCUGAAGUGGAAGGGAUGCGGGACGCCCUGGUUGGCACCACUGCAGAGAACAGCGUUGUGGUUUGGAAUCUGAAAACAGGCCAGCUCCUGAGGAAGAUGCAUGUUGGUUAUUCCUACCCAGCUUCUGUCUGCCAUCGGGCAUAUUCUGACGCUGGCCUUCUGUUUGUUGUUUUAAGUCAUCCCCACGCCAAAGAGAGCGAGGCCUGUGGAAACCCCGCGUUCCGCGUGAUAGCGUUCAACCCCCGGACAGCCCGGAGCAGGGGGGUGACGUUCUCCUCCCUCCCGCCCGGGCACGCUGGAAGGCAAGUACCCCGGGGAGCGUGGGCCAUGUGCGUGAUUUUGGGGUGGUUUUGGGGGGAGAAUCACUCAGUGAGCCGAGUAGCGCCGCUGGCACGGGUCCAUUUGCCAUCUGGCCGGUGAUAAGGGGCCGCGUCCGUCCCUGCUGCUGGCCGGGGCGCGGGGCGAGGCCGGGGGCCGUUUCCUGCCCG